GGGAGGGAAUCGCGUCCGCCCACAAAAGCCACAGAAUUUUUUUUACUGUGCCUCAAACGCAAUUGUGCAUCAAAAAAAGUGAAUCCGGGAGUGAAUUCCUCCGAAUAAUCUCACAAAAAUACAUCCGGGAUAGAAAAAAAGCGGAGGGGAAUACCAAGGGCGUGAUGGUUCGGAAUACAUCGAUAUUUAAAUAGAAGUGGGUGGGCCUUCGCGCAGACGGAGCUCUCUGACAGAUCCGCGCAGGAAUAUUAUUUAACAAGGCCCGUUUUGAGAUCUCCGCCGUUCGACCCGACCCGCUCGGACUCGCCUGACAGUUUGUGCUCCGUUAUUGACGGGUGUUUUUGCAUUGGCACCGCCCUUCCUGACGGGGUGGGUCCGCGCGUCAGAGCUGCGCCACGGUCUGCGGCCGCUGGAGAAAAUAGGCCGUCCUUCUGCUGGGCUGCUGCCUGCCUUCCGCCUGCCUUCCACGGCGUCCGGCCUUUUUUCUCUUAAACAACUCCUCUCCGGGUUUCAUUAAUGCGGAAUGAGUGAUCAAAAGAAGGAAGCCAUGGCCACAGAUGGGGGGAAAGCCGGUGGAGCUGAUGUUGGGACGAAAGGGAAAAGUUCUGGAUCACAGGAUGCACAGCCGUCUCCUCUCGCAAUGCUUGCAGCGACGUGCAGUAAAAUAGGGGGUGUUGGCGGCGAGGGUCAAGCGGCCACGCAACAGCAGAUAAUAAUCGACCCCAACCAAGGUCUGCUUCAGCUCCAGAACCCCACGCAGCAGCUCGAGCUGGUUCCUGCACAGCUUACAGGAAACGGCUGGCAGAUCAUAGCCACUUCCCCUGCCACUGCAACCAAAGACAGCGUUCAGCAGCAGGCGGCCAAUGAUGGCGCGGCAGGACGAAAGGUCAAGUUGAUGGGUUCAAAUAAUGCACCUGGUUCACAGCAGCAGCAGCAGUUUCAAAUCAUCCAGGUGCAGAAUCUGCCGAACUCGUCCGGCGGGAUUCAGUAUCAAGUCAUCCCGCACCUUCAGACCGCCGACGGACAGCAGAUCCAAAUAAGCCCUAGUAACCCCACGGCCUUAAGCGUCCAGCCCGAACAGAUCCAGCUCAUUUCCACCGGAAACAACCAAGCCAUUCUGGCCACGCCCCAAAGGGCGGGAUCAACCGGCAUCGUCACACAAAACCAGACGAUUCCGCUUCAAAUCAGACCGUCGUUUCCUUUGCAGCUGCAAACUAUUCAGGGUACGCAAGGGCCUAUGAUGACCACGCUACCUAUUAAUCUCGGUGGCAUGACUUUUGCGCUGCCGGUUAUCAAUAACGUAGCAGGGGGCGGAGCUUCGGUUCAACUCGUCCAAUCAGGCGACGGAUGCAUUUCAAACGGAAACCAAGCAAGCACAGCAGAAUCCACAAGCGUUUCGACGUUCACCACGACUAGCGAUGCGAUCGUCGCGACGUCUACCAAUCCUACAGCGUCCAGCGGAACCGAGAGCCAGAAAGAGGGUCAGUCGGGCGAGUCGGACGCCCAGAAUCUCGCUCAAUCCAACGGCCUGCAAUCCGUGUCCGAGCAGGCCGGCCAAAUCCAGCAGUUCCAAAUCGUGGGUCACCCAGUUCUCCAGCAGAUCCAGAUCCAGUCGCCCCAACAGCAGGUGGUCCAGGGCUCCAUACAGAUCCAGCCCGGCCAGACUUUACAGCCGAUGCAGCAGAACCUCCAGCUGCAGGCCUUCCAGAACCCCACGCAGGUUCUGAUCCGGACGCCCACGCUCACCCCGUCGGGUCAGAUCAGCUGGCAGACCGUCCAGGUCCAGAAUGCGGGCGUUCCCCAGCAGCUGACACUCGCCCCCAUGGGGUCGAACACAAGCGGGGGGACGUACACGCAGAUCGCCCCGCUGACGCUCGGUGGGUCGCCCAUCACGCUCAGCGCCGCCCAGUUGUCCUCUGGGACCGGGGUGCAGACGGUGAACAUCGCAGGUUUAGGGACGGCUGGGGUCCAGAUGCAGGGCGUCCCGCUCACCAUCACCGGCGUGCAAGGUCAGCAGCAGGGUCAAGAGGGGGUCAAAGUUCAGACGGCCCCGAUGACGGUCACUGUUGGCAACAUCAGCAGCACGACCCUAAACGCAGUGAGUCCAGACCAGAUGGGGCAGGUCCAGAGCCCGUCGGAUCAGGAGGGUCAGCCCGGCAAGAGGCUGCGCAGGGUGGCCUGUUCCUGCCCCAACUGCAGGGACGGAGAGGGGAGAAAUAACAGCGACCCGUCAAAGAAGAAGCAGCACGUGUGUCACAUGGAGGGCUGCGGGAAGGUUUACGGCAAAACGUCUCACCUGAGAGCUCACCUGCGCUGGCACACGGGAGAGAGACCGUUCGUCUGCAACUGGAUCUUCUGCGGGAAACGCUUCACCAGGAGCGACGAGCUUCAGCGGCAUCGCAGGACACAUACAGGUGAGAAGAGGUUCGAGUGUCCAGAAUGCUCCAAGAGGUUCAUGCGGAGCGACCACCUGUCAAAGCACAUCAAAACCCACCAGAACAAAAAAGGUGGAGCGGCACUCACCAUCAUCACCACAGAUGAGAUGGAGGAGGAGAUGGAGGAAGCGCUGGGCUCGCCGAGGAUCGUCACUGUGUCCACGAUCUCGCAGGAUUCGAACCCGGCCACGCCCACCACUUCAAACAAUUUAGAGGAGGAGUUUGAGUAGUUUUCCCGCCAAAAACGAUCGGCUGAAAGCACCACAAUAUUGUUUGUUUAUAAGUUGAUUUGUUUAUGUUCUUCAUUCUUUUUCUAUCGACGAUGGACAGCUGUUUGAGCGCACUCGAUUUUUUUUCUUAUGGAAAUUUAAUACUAUCAAAUAUUAUGACAGAAUAAUCUAAUGGAAAUAGUAUGAGUUGUUAAGAGACGCGCAUUUCUAAGAGAUGGCAUUUGUUUUGUUACGAGUAGCACAAGAAGUACUGAAGUUACUGAAGUAUUGAGGUUCCCAGAUGCUCCUGAAGAUGUCGCUAUGCACAAAAAUAAUAUAUAUCAGUUUCGAAGUGGUUUGUGUGGAAACUUGUUUACGCCACAAGAAAAAAAUAAAUAUGGAUUAUCUUUUUUUUUUCAUCUCACAAUUCUGACUUUUUUCUAAUAAAUCCGAGUUUAUAUCUCGCAAUUCUACCUUUUUCUUUGAAUUUAGUUUAUAUUCCACAAUUCAGCUUUUUCUCAUAAUUCGCAUUUUAUAUCUCGCAAUUGAUAUAUUUCACUGAAUUCUGAUUUUAUAUCUCGUAAUUCUAACUUUUUUCGUAAUUCUAGGUUUAUAUCUCGUAAUUCUGAGUUUAUAUCUCGUUAUUCUGAGUUUUUAUCUCGUAAUUCUAGGUUAUAUCUUGUCAUUCUAACUUUUUUCUCAUAAUUCUGAGUUUAUAUUUCGUAAAUUUUACUUUUCCUUUGAAUUCUGAGUUUUAUAUCUUGCAAUUCUUUGAAUUAAGUUUAUAUUUCACAAUUCCGAUUUUUCUUUAAUUAUGGACUUUAUACCUUGCAAUUCAAAUUUUUCUUUAAAUUAUGAGUUUAUAUUUUGUAAUUUUGACUUUUUAAUCAUAAUUAAUUAUAAGUUUACAUUUCGGUGUUCUGUUUUUUUUUUUUUUUUUUUUUUUUUUUUUUUGGGGGGUGCGGAGGGUUGUUUCUGCCAUAAAAUAAAAAUAAAUUAAAGGAAUUUUCGACUUCUUAUCUCGCUUCUCACACAUUUUUUUUCACAAUUUUUAUCUUUAAAUUCGGAUUUUUUUUUUCACGUGGAAGAAAAAAGUCAGAAUUAUGAGAUGAAAUGUUAGAAUUGGGAGAAUUUUUUUUCGAAUUGUGAUAUAAAAUCAGAAUUGCGGGAAAAAUGUCAGAAUUAUGAGAUACAAAUGUAGAAUUGCAAAAAAGGUCUGAAUUGUGAUAUAAACUUGAAAUUGCGAAGAAAAGUAGUCCGAAUAGUUAUGAGUAAAAGUUGCAAAUACCUUUUUUCAUUUAUUUUUACCCUGUAGUGGAAACAAGCUUCCGUAGGUUUCAGAUGGAUUCUCGGGGUUUGAGAAUCGCAAAAUUUCACGCGACAUCUGUGGGUUUCCAUACGAUCAGGCUAAAAAGAUAAGUACCUGAAGGAUCUUUAGUGCAUGAUUAGAGCCGCAGCACAAGCUAGAAAGUGACGCUGUCUGUGAUUGGAGCAUGUCGCGAAGCGUCAGCCAAUCACGGCCUCACGUUCAGAGCGCUUUAGAAUUCAGGCAUAUAUAUAUAUAUAAAACCGAUGAUUCAACAGUCAAACUUUUAUGUAAGGAGAAACGAGAUUAUAGAAACGGGCUAUUUAAAGAAAAGCACAGUAGAUUUACAAAUAAUGCAUUCCAGUUACGAUUUCUUUAGAAAAAUUUAUAAUAAUAAUAAACGAAAAAGAAAACAAUCUAGCUUUCUGAGACAUUCGAUGUUAAACGAAAGCAAUACUUUAAAGACAAUCUUUACCAUGUUUACAUUACCGAGGGGUAGAAUAGGUUUAAGAAGUUCUCUCUGAUCUCAAGUCAUAUAAACUGUACUCUGAUGCCUUAACAAACACUGCAGUACCACUACGUUACGGUUGGGCAGGGGGACUGUUUUUUCAGACAUAUUCGUGUGCAGGAGACCGCGUUUAGCUUUUUAUACACGAUGGCGAACACUGUGUCCACUUCAGCCCUUGUGAAGGUCCCCGACCCGCGUGCAUGUGUCCUCCUGUCGCCCGUUGACUUUCUUGCGCUCUCCAAAGAGAUUUGACCCUGUUAUGUGCACCGACGCCCUCAAAAACGUUCCCUCUGCCUCCACAGGUCACGAAUGGGUGGGAAACGCACCCUGAAGCCACUUAGAUGAGUUUGAUAGUGAGAAAUCUGUGGCUUGGCGUUCUUAACCAUGAGUUUCGUUUCAUUUCAAGCCCAGUUUGUGUUCCCACACAGCACGAGUAGGGUAACAAGCCGCCCGUGCGUUUGCGUGUGCGCGUCUAAUUUAUUAUUUAUCCUUCUAUUAUUAGUAUAUGCUAAUGUGUAUUGUGCGCUGUUAAUGCAGAGAUGACGUGCUGCAUGGUUCAUUUCCGCUAACAAUUUCUAUUUAGUACCGUUCAGUUAUUUCUAAACGUGGUCCUUUUAGAAGUAAAACCAUGGCUUUUCGUUUAUUUGACGUUUCGCAACAUGAUGAUGUGUUUCAAAUGGAGAAAAAAAAAAGUUUAAAAAGAAGUGGUUGAUACCAAACAAUUAUAAAUAGAUGUUUUUUUGGUAAUAUUUUCUGUGGCGAGCGAUUUUCUUUAAUAUUUUCUAGUGACACCUUAUUUGUAAAUCAUUUUUCUAAGAUGUUCCUUAGUCCUCAUGGCAUUUGAUAAUGUUUUUUUUUUUUCCAGGUUAGCCUGAAAGGCUGCAGUUUAUUGAUAUUUUUAAAAUAACUUUGUACAAAUGUGUUAUGUUAAUGGGUAAAAAAAAAAAAAAAAAACUUUGCCUGCAUAACACUUGAAAUUAAAGUGAGUAAUUCUGUCUUAAA